AUGUCAGAUCUCGUCAAUGACCAGCGCAAGCUGGCUCACACGUUGCUCGUUGAGCUUAUGGCAUACCAGUUUGCAUCCCCAGUACGAUGGAUUGAAACACAGGAUGUCAUUCUUGCGGAGAAGGCCUGCAGUAGAAUUAUAGAGAUUGGACCUACAAAUACCCUUGUGGGUAUGUUCCAACGGACAAUAAAUAGUUUAUAUCAGACUCAGGAGUGCAUCCUUCCUAUGCAACGACAGCUCCUUAAUUCAGAAAGGGACACAAAGAAGGUAUACUACGAAGCUACUACGGAUGUUGCAAUACCCAUGAAUGAGUUCAAGGAGAGGGAAGGAAGGGUAGAAUUAAAGGCAGCAAAUACGGGCUCUGGAGUAGUGCCUGUGGCCGCCAAAUCACCCGUCGAUGAAUUCGCUAUACAACCAGCACGCUCUGUUGGUGCCGAAGCCGACAUAGAUGACCGGCCCGUCAAGGCUCAGGAAAUUCUGAUUGCGAUUGUUUCUAAAACCCUUAAAAAGGCGCUACCCGAUAUAGAUGUCUCAAAAUCUCUUAAGAUGCUCGCUGGAGGUAGAUCUACACUAGAAAAUGAGAUAGUCGGGGAUCUCAGCGUCGAGUUUGGCUCUUUGCCUGAUCGUGUUGAGGAUCUUCCUCUAGCUGAAUUAUGGGACACGGUGCAAUUAAGCCACAAGGGGGCCCUAGGCAAGAUAUCCACGGGCAUGAUUAAUUCGAUGUUUACCGCGAAGAUGCCAGGUUCUUUUACUACGGCUGUGGCCAGGGAGAGGCUUCAGACACAAUGGCAUCUGCAACAGGGCAGGCAGGACUCAUGUCUGAUAUUAGCCACAACAAUACAACCAGCUACGCGAAUAACAGCUCAAUCAGAAGCAGCGAAAUUCAUCGACCUUGUGGUCGAGGAGUAUUCGUUAAGAGAAGGGAUUGUUCUUGGGCGAGGCACCUCAGCGAGCGAUCAGCCAACCCCGGGUACAAUAAUGGUCGAUGCCGAAGCUGUCCGGGCGCUCUCAGAGUCACAACACGUACUGUCAAAAAAGCUGCUUAAGGCUUACGCAUCACACCUUGAAUUAGAAUACGAUCCAGAGAGGCAAAUCCUAGGUAGCUCUCAAGAGGGCGCUGCCGCGAAAUUGCAAACAGAACUUGACCUUUGGAUUGCAGAGCAUGGCCAAGAAUAUGCCGACGGUAUUCGCCCAAUCUUCGACACUCGGAAAGUCAGGACCUACAAUUCAUCAUGGGCUUGGGCCCGCCAAAGCCUUAUCGAACUCUUCAUCUCCGCAUCAGCAACUGAACGGAGGGAUGUACAUCUCGACCCAGACAUGGUUUCAAAGACGUGCCAUUUUAUUGCAAAUGCAGCAGAAGAGAAUAUCAUCCCUAUUAUUCAAGAAAUGAAAACAAAAUUCCAUUCCCAUCCUCUACUCGAGCCCAUUUUCUGUGGGCUUGAAAGAGCAUGCAGGGCCAGGCUUCACUCAGGGCCUGUUUAUCAGGGGACUCCAAAGAACCUUGGCCCAUGCACUACUAUUAGUCCUGAGGGCAACUUGCGAUAUGCCGAGAAUGAGCGCAAGGAAUCAAUUCGUUUUGCCGACUUAACUAUACCGACUACUUACGUUGCUGAACCCUACCUCCACUUAAAAGAAAAACUUCCUCAAGGAUGGAUGUAUAGCAGGAAACUGACUAGUCAUCUAUAUGCAGCCAUUGACCAGGUAGAGAAGCAAGGAGAGUCUUUCAGCGAUCAAACCGUGUUGAUAACUGGCGCUGGCAUCGGCUCUAUUGGUGCUUCUAUGAUCUGCCAUUUUCUUCAAGGAGGCGCCAGAGUGCUGACGACCACAUCAUCGUUCUCUCCAGAAACGGCCAGGAAAUACCAGUCGAUCUACACUGAACAUGGAGCUCGUGGUUCUCAACUGAUUGUGAUUCCCUUCAACCAGGCUAGCACGCAGGAUGUCAUAUCGCUUGUCGAGUAUGUCUACGAUGCAAAGGGCCUUGGAUUGGAUAUAGACUACUUAGUUCCCUUUGCGGCGAUAAGUGAAAGCAGAAAACUUGACACCAUUGGCUCGAAGUCGGAACUCGCCCAUCGUAUAAUGUUAACAAAUGUCCUUCGGCUACUAGGGGCGGUGAAGUCUACAAAAGAAAAGUACGGAUAUCUAUCUCAUCCAGCACAGGUAAUAUUGCCUCUAUCUCCCAAUCAUGGAAUAUUCGGCGGAGACGGCUUGUACGGAGAAUCUAAAAUUGCUCUUGAGACACUUUUUAACCGCUGGCACUCAGAGGACUGGCAGGACUAUCUGUCAAUAUGCGGUGCAGUAAUUGGAUGGACUCGAGGCACGGGUUUGAUGAAUCAAAACGACUUGGUAGCGGAAGGCAUCGAAGCUGCAGGUAUACGAACAUUCUCGCAAGAAGAAAUGGCGUACGCUCUUGUUUGUCUUUGUAUACCUACCAUAAAUGCAAUUUGCCAGGAGCAGCCCAUCUACGCCGACCUCACGGGGGGUAUGGGCAGAGUGAAGGACCUUCCUGGGAAACUACAUAGUCUUCGCCAUCAACUCAACGAUCGCAGUGACCUUCAAUCUGCACUUUUUGCCGAGCUGAAAUUCGAGCAACAGUGUAAUAUACCCACCAGUUUGACAUCACCGACCGAAAUACGUGCACAUAAACUAGACCAGAGAGCUCAUGUACGGCCGGACUUCCCAAAAGUCCUUCAAUAUGACAAAGAUAUCGCUCCCCUUGGUCUAGAUCUAUAUGAAAUGGUAGAUCUCCAGCGCGUGGUUGUCAUUACUGGUUUUUCUGAGCUAGGCCCUCAUGGCAAUUCUCGAACUCGAUGGGAGAUGGAGGCCUACGGCCAAUUUUCCCUUGAGGGUGCUGUUGAAAUGGCCUGGCUAAUGGGGCUCAUCCACUACACUACCCGAAAUAUCAAUGAUUCUAAGAGCAAGGAACCCGUGGCAGAGUUGAAAGUAAAGGAAAUAUAUGAGGAGCAAAUUCUAGCCCAUUCGGGCAUUCGAAUUAUUGAACCAGAACUAUGUGACGGUUAUGACCCGAAUAAGAAACAAUUCCUCCACGAGGUGAUCCUCCAGGAGGAUCUGGAGCCACUUUAUGUUCCUGAAUCUCUGGCUGAGCAGAUGCGGCUAGAGCAUGGCGAUUUCGCUACUAUUGGCAAAUCUUCUAAACCCGACAUUUAUUGCGUUAGACUACACAAAGGAGCGAAGCUAUUUAUCCCACGAGCUAUGAAAUUUAGCCACACAGUCGCCGGACUAAUUCCUACCGGCUGGGAUGCUAGAACAUACGGGAUCCCAGAGGAAAUUAUAACGCAAGUUGAUCGUGUUACCCUCUUUACGUUGGUGUGUGCUAUAGAGGCUCUUAUUUCAUCUGGUAUCAGCGAUCCGUACGAACUUUAUCAGUAUAUCCAUAUUUCAGAGGUUGCCACCUGCAUCGGGUCUGGGAUCGGAGGAGUAUCCUCCCUAGGCAAAAUGUUCAAUGGACGUUCUAUGGACAAGGAUGUACAGAAAGAUAUCCUACAGGAAACGUUUAUAAAUACAAUUGGCGCUUGGGUAAAUAUGCUAUUGCUAUCUGCUAGCGGCCCAAUUCGCACCCCAGUAGGAGCAUGCGCUACAGCAGUUGAGUCUUUGGAGCUCGGGCAUGAUACCAUUAUCUCUGGGAAAGCAAAGUUCUGUCUAGUUGGCGGCUGUGAUGACUUUAGUGGCGAGACAUCAUACGAGUUUGCAAAUAUGAAGGCAACUAGCAACGCCACUGAGGAGUUCAUGCGUGGUCGAGAGCCAAAGGAAAUGUCGCGGCCUGCAACAAGCACCCGUAAUGGUUUUGUUGAAUCCCAAGGUUGCGGACUUCAGGUCCUUACCACUGCUGAGUUAGCAUUGAAAAUGGGACUACCAAUUCGGGGCAUUGUGGCAUUUGUUGGUACUUCCAGUGAUAAAGCUGGAAGGUCUCUUCCAGCGCCGGGUAAAGGUAUAUUGACAAAUGUCAAGCAUGCCACAUCUAACGUGGCCUCUACGCUUCCGAACGUUGGUGGUCGAAGGAAAAGACUAGAUAUCCGCCGACAACAAAUCGCGCUAUCAAGAGAUGCUUCAUUGGCAGAGUUAGAAUCUGAAUUACUAGCGGCGGUUACUCAAGACCCAUCGACUGGUGCAAACAUAUACCUUCAAGAGCGCCAACGGCACAUUUUAGCAGAAUUUCAAAGGGAGACCAGCGAAGCCCAGUACGCUUUGGGCAAUAAUUUCUGGCGUAACGACCCCUAUAUUGCGCCCAUUGCUGGUGCUCUAGCCACUUGGGGUUUAACCAUCGACGAUCUCGGCGUUGCCUCCUUUCAUGGGACGUCUACUGUCUUAAAUGACAAGAAUGAGUCUGGCGUUAUCCAGAAGCAACUUCUCUCACUAGGCCGACGAAGGGGAAACCCAAUUCUGAGUGUGUUCCAGAAAUACCUAACUGGCCAUUCCAAAGGCGCAGCUGGUGCGUGGAUGCUGAAUGGUGCGUUGCAGAUGUUGGAUUCGGGACUAGUUCCCGGUAACCGAAACGCAGAUAAUAUCGACCCAGUUUUGAAAGAGUUUGACCUCAUCGCCUAUCUCCAGCGAUCCAUCCAGGUAGACGAAAUAAAGGCUGUAUCAAUAACAUCGUUUGGGUUUGGGCAAAAAGGCGCCCAGGCUAUCUGCGUGCAUCCUAAAUAUUUGUUUGCCACCAUAGGGAGAGAAACCUAUGAGAAUUACUUAGGUCGCCGGAUGGCUCGACAGAGAAAAGCAGAUGCCUAUUUCUAUCAGGGAAUGAACUCCAACACAUUAUUCAAAGCUAAAUCGGCGCCCCCAUUCCCAGUAUCGAAAGAGGAGGAUACUUACCUUGACCCUGAGGCUCGAUUUCCAUAG